GAAACCUUUCUGGUUCCCUUAUAUAUAUGUGAACCUCUCUCACACUGAGCUUCUUGCGCAGAACUUUGACGAGCACUGAGAAGAGAACGAAAUGGCGGGUGGUGAACAAAGCGUGACCCAGAUCAACAACGGGGAUGCUCUUGACUGUCGCUCUCUCCUCUCUUCUUCGGAGAGGGACUUUCUUGUCCGCAACAACGGUGAUAAGGUUACAAUUGACAGCUUGAAGGGGAAGAAGCUUUGGUUGUAUUUUUCAGCAUCAUGGUGUGGCCCUUGUCGCCAUUUCACCCCAACUUUAGUCGAGGUGUACAAAGAACUCUCAACAAAAGGUGAUUUUGAGAUCAUUUUCAUCUCGGCUGACGAGGACGAGGAGUCGUUCAAUGGGUACUUCUCCAAAAUGCCAUGGCUUGCGAUUCCAUUUUCUGAUUCAGAUAAACGUGAUCUCUUGAAUGAGGAGUACAAGGUUAGGGGGAUACCGACCCUUGUAAUCAUUGGUGAAGAUGGGAAAGUUGUGAGUGACAGUGGAGUUGAGAUCAUUCGAGAGUAUGGAGUUGAAGGCUACCCUUUUACAGAAGAAAGGAUCAAAGAGCUGAAAGAUCAAGAGGAAGCAGCCAGGAGGAAUCAGUCGUUGACAUCUCUCUUGGUCACCCGCUCACGCGACUUUGUAAUUUCACCUAAUGGAAACAGGGUGCCUGUCUCUGAACUUGAAGGGAAGACAGUGGGUCUGUAUUUCUCGUUGUUCUCAUUCAAGUCAUGUGGUGAUUUUACUCCAAUGCUUGUUGACGUUUAUGAAAAAUUGAAAGCAAAGGGAGAGGGCUUUGAGGUUGUGUUGAUACCGCUUGAUGAUGAGGAGGAAUUAUUCAAUCAAGGUUUCAGAAACAUGCCUUGGUUUUCACUGCCCGUGAAGGACAAGGGCUGUGAGAAGCUGGCUCGAUACUUUGAGCUCUCAACCCUCCCCACUGUGGUUAUUAUUGGGCCGGAUGGAAAGACUGUUCAUUCCAAUGUUGCUGAAGCCAUCGAAGAACACGGUGUUCUGGCAUACCCAUUCACCCCAGAAAAGUUUGCAGAGCUUGCUGAGAUAGAGAAGGCAAAACGGGAAGCUCAAACGCUGGAGUCAAUUUUGGUUUCAGGAGAUCGAGAUUUUGUCAUUGGGAAAAAUGGAGCCAAGAUUCCAGUGUCGGAUUUAGUGGGAAAGAACAUCCUUAUUUACUUCUCGGCACAUUGGUGCCCGCCAUGUCGCGCCUUUCUUCCAAAACUUAUUGAAGCAUACCACAAGAUUAAGGCAAAGGAUGAUGCAUUUGAAGUGAUUUUCGUCUCUAGUGACAGGGACCAGGCGUCCUUUGAUGAAUUCUUUUCAGGAAUGCCAUGGCUAGCACUUCCCUUUGGUGACUCAAGGAAGGCAUCACUGGGUCGCACUUUUAAGGUCUCUGGCAUCCCCAUGCUUGUAGCCAUUGGACCAAGUGGCAGGACCGUCACAACAGAAGCCAGAGAUCUCAUCUCGAGUCAUGGAGCCAAUGCUUACCCUUUCAAUGAGGAGCGGGUGAAGGAGAUCGAGGCAGAAUUUGAGGAGAUGGCAAAGGGGUGGCCUAAGAAGGUAAAACACCCACUCCAUGAGGAGCAUGAGCUUGUUCUCUCUCGCCGUAGGACCUUUGUAUGUGACGGUUGCAAUGAGCAGGGAAAUGGCUGGUCCUAUUACUGUGAUGAGUGUGACUUUGAUCUUCAUCCCAAGUGUGCCUUGGAAGAAAACAAAGAUGAUUCUAUGGGAGGAGGAGAAAAUCCCAAAGAAGGGUGGGUCUGUGAUGGGGAAGUCUGCUCCAAAGCUUGACAGAGUCGCAUGUGAUACAUGCAAGUCAUCCUUUUUUUCUCUUUCCAGGAGUGAUUGUGAUAUGCGUGUAAGCUUCCAAGGUUACCUUCUCCUUAAGGUAUCUUUGGAGUAUUUAAUAAAUUAUAAUAUGGAUUUGGGUGUGCGAUUGUGUUAAUAUAAUAAUAUGAUGUUGUGGAUGGAUGUCACAGUAUUUGUGCCUCCUAAGCUCUAACU